AUGUCGUUACACCGUGUCUCGUCCAUCGAGACUUUCACCAUCGUUCCCACCGAUGUCCGGUCCAGGAGGAGUUCCGAUGCAUCCACGCGUGCCCGCAAGCUAACGUUCAACCCUCUCCCGUCAGUAUGGGACCCUCCAUCGACCAUCGACCAGCUCCACGCCGUCGGAGCGUUUAAAGUCCCCAAGUGGAAGCGAUUGCUCCAAGUAGCUGCCGCUGUCGUCUAUUGCUUCUUUGGGGCCGGCGUCGUCUUUGGCUACGCCGCCAUCAAGCCCGUGCUAAAAGCGGAAGGGGCUUACAGGCACAUAUGCGCCGCCGCGGAUAAGUUGUCCGAUGACGAAGACACCUGCGUUGACCUGCACCUCAACCUGAUGUUCACUGUUGCGGCCGUGGCAACCAACGUGGCUGCCUUGCCUAUCGGGGCGAUCCUCGAUCACUAUGGUCCUAGGGCUUGUGGUCUGCUGGGGAGCCUGUUCCUUGCGGCCGGGACGCUGUUGAUGGCGUUUGAGAAGCAGCUGCAAUUCGAUGGUCUGCUGCUAGGCUACCUCUGCCUGGCGCUGGGCGGCCCCUUUACGUACAUCUCGUCCUUCCAGCUGUCGAACGCCUUCCCUCGCCACUCGGGCCUCAUACUCGCGCUCUUGACCGGCGCCUUUGACGCGUCGAGCGCGCUGUUCCUGCUCUACCGCAUCGUGUACCAGCGGACGGAUGGCGCCUUCAACCACCAACGCUUCUUCAUGGGCUAUCUACUCGUCCCCGUGGCUAUUACCAUGCUGCAGGUCACGCUCAUGCCGGCGCAGUCGUACAAGACGGUGGGCGAGCUGGUCCAGGAAAUCGAAGAGCCGCUGCACGCGGCCGCCGCGGACCAGGGGCCGUACGAUGACCAGGUGGACGAGGAGACGGCGCUGCUGCAGGAAGAGGAGCGCCAGCACCGGGUGGACGUGAUCGAGGGCAUUCACACCGUCCUCGGCCCGGCCAUGGCGGACGAGCAGACCGAGCGUGAGGAGCAUAUUAACGAGAUCUCGGGCGUCUGGGGCGUCAUGCACGGAUACACGGCCUGGGAGCAGAUCAAAUCGCCAUGGUUCAUCCUCAUCUGUCUCUUCACCGUGGUCCAAAUGACGCGCAUCAACUUCUUCGUCGCCACCAUCCGCUCCCAGUACGAAUCCCUCUUCGGCUCGCUCCCGCAAGCCGUCGCGCUCAACCACUUCUUCGACGCGGCGCUCCCGCUCGGCGGCAUCGCGGCCAUCCCGCUCAUCGGCCUGGUGCUCGACCACACCGCCACCACCACCGUGCUCGCCGUGCUCGUCGCCGUCGCCACCGCCAUCGGCGCCCUCGGCAUCGUGCCCCGCGCCCCCUGGGCCGGCUACGCAAAUGUCGUGCUGUUCGUGCUGUAUCGCCCGUUUUAUUAUACGGCCGUGUCGGAUUAUGCGGCCAAGGUGUUUGGGUUUGAGACGUUUGGGACGGUGUAUGGCGCGGUGAUUGCGUUGGCCGGGGUGCUGAACUUUUCGCAGGAGGGGUUGGAUUGGUUGUUUGAGAAGAGGUUUGGGGGCGAUCCGGUGCCGGUGAAUGUCUUGUUGUUGGUGCUGAGGCUGGUGGUCGGGGUGGUGCUGGUGGGGUUUGUGGGGUGGAAGGCGAGGCGGGUGAGGAGGGGGGUGUUGGAACAGGAGGCGAGGGGGGCUUUUGGGGAUGGCUUGUUGUGA